AUUGUUGUGAUAAACUUAUUAAAUAGAGUGUAAAUGGAACUGUCUGAGAUGGAGUACAGAUACAAGUCUGAGCUGUGUCCCACAUUUGAGUCGUCACGCUCUUGUCCUGAUGGGUCCGAGUGUGCGUUUGCCCAUGGGCUGAAGGAAUUGAGGUCAACUGAGAACCCUCUCUAUAAGACUCAGAUAUGCACUGCAUAUGAACAGGAGGGAAGAUGCAGAUUGGGCGAUCACUGCUUGUUUGCGCAUGGAGAAGACGAAGUCAGGGAACUGGCCCUACCCUCUGCUUCUUCAUCUCUGCCUCGGCUCACCAGGACUCCAGAGUUGCAAGCGGGCAACAGUCAGAUGCAUGUGAACGGCGAAAAUAAUAAAGUGUGCAACUUUUUCCUGAAGUACGGAAAUUGUACUAAAGGGGAUAAUUGCAGAUACUCACACGUCAAGUCUGGAAACAUAGUUCCGAUGCAAUCACUCAGCCAAUCAGCUACUGGAAAUUCAUCGGAACCGAAAGCCAACGAUGCUGCCAAGUUCAAAACGAGAAUGUGUGUUCCGUAUCAGUACAAUAAAAUGUGUACUAAUAAAGACAACUGUACGUUCGCGCAUGACGAAUCCGAGCUAAGGCAAACUGAGUCGCAAAAAGGGUCGGACAGACCUGGUUUUAUGAAAAAGGAGGAUUAUAUGUAUAAAACAAUGCUGUGCAAGAACUAUGAACAGAAAGGCAGCUGCAUAGUUGCUGAUAUGUGCCGAUUUGCUCAUGGAAGAUUUGAACUGAGACCCAGAGGCUUCAAAGGUGACUUCGAAGAAAAAGUGAAACAAAACCCAAACUGGAAAUGUUCCUUGUGCGACAUCUAUAAAAGAGAGGGAAACUGUUCCAGAGCUGAGUGCAAUUACGCUCAUGGCGAGGGCGAACUGCGUUCUUCGCGCAAAGCCGAAAUGCCCGACAAAAACAGCUCCAGAUACAAAACUGCAAUUUGCAAAGACUGGUCGAACUCGGGCGUGUGUAGAAACGGUGGGAUGUGCAAUUUCGCUCACGGAGAGCAGGAGUUAAGAGGAAACAAGCAAGGCGCAGGAGCAGCUUCUAUGAUGUCUCUAGGAGCUACAGAGUUGUUCUCGGAGCACAAUCGAGUUGCGUCUCAAAUGUAUGCAUAUGACGGUAGUUUUCCAGGAAUGUCGAAAGGGAGUGAUAUGGGAAUGCAUAUGCAGUCUGCCAUGCAAGGAAUGGCAAUGCAAGCACGAAAGCGCCCGUUUGAACCUAGUAAACAGACAGCAGUUGCGGAAAUGAGUCUUCCGCAGACGACUGUCUCACCGGACAUGAAGAUGUUUGCGGAGUUUCUGGAGUUCAAGAAGUUCAAACAGCAGACAGAGGAGAUAUCUGCAUGUGCUUCUUCGCCUUCGUUAAGUAACAACUACCCAGCCGUGGUUUCUCCGAGUACGGGUGGUAUGGGGGGUGCUCGGGCUCCUAUGAUGGGCUACCCAGAAAGAAAUCAAUAUUCCUACGACUUUUAUUAGACUUCUAGUUAUGUUUGUUGUUCAUGCUCAUGUCUAAAGUUCCUUUUAUAUGAUAUAGUAACAGUAUUACAUUAUCGUUAUGUUUAUUAUCUGUUGAAUGUUCUAAAUUGCUAUACUGUUUAAAAUUUUAAGCUCAAAGUCACAAAAACUGAGAUUAUGUCCUCUGAAUUUAUGUUGUAUUUAAUUUAAUUCUCGCACUAAACGUCUUAUGAUUUUGAUAAUAGUUCCUGUAUUAUAAUUCUAUUCGUGUAAAAUUAUUCAGUAUUUGAAGGCACCGUAUCAGGACUUUGACUCGUUAAACUAAAGCUUCCUCGCCCUGCAAAAUGUAUAUCUCUGUAUGGAAUUUCUUGUUGUACUGCAUUUGUGAUGAAAUUUCGUCAUCCAUACACUUGUAAAACCACUAAUUACACAAAUCUAAAUGUCUAGUAAGGGUGGUAGUAGAGCUCCAGCUUUUUAAAUAGCGAAUGACCAUGUCAAAAUCCUAGUGUGAAUCGAUUAUUGCUUUAUUCUUAACUAUGGUGUUUUUGAUGGCAUCCGUUUCUCUUGAAAAUCCGUCUCAGACCCGCCAUGUCAAGUACCAUAUGAUAAGGUUUUCGUCUAGUAAGGUAUUACUUGAAUUAUUAAGUUUGCCUGAAUGAUCUGGGAAAAAGCACUCAUUAAUUUUUUAAA